UUAUUUAUUGCAUGCUCUAGUGUAAACUAAAUUACUUAAAUUUAGAAGGUGCCGAAUAAACUAUUGUCGAGACUAUUGUAGUUCAGGUGAAGAUGAAGCUACUCGUAGUAUUCACUUUAUUCGUUGCAGUCUACACGAAAAAGCUAUCACCCGAAGUUAUAAAGGUAUGGGAGGGUAUAGUUGCACCAUUAUACGAUGAUUGUGUCAAAAUAACUAACGUAGAUCCAGAAAUACCAAAAACUAUGUUUGAACUGGAGGAUUUACCAAACGCAGAUUCCUUCAUUUGCUACAUGAAAUGCAUCUAUGAUAAGUUGUCAUUUUUGAAACCGAAUGGCGAACUGGAUCAAGACCAAAUGCUAAAAGUCAUCUAUACGUUAAAACUAGAGGAACUCCAAAAAUGUAUUGCUGACACGCCAAAGUCAACAGAUUUGUGCAAGAACACGCAUGAUAUCGCCGCCUGUAUUAUACAUCGUGUUGAAAAUGAUUAGAACUAUGUCUGAUUCGCUCUGUACAAUACUAGAUACCUAUACAUGUAAUCGAAUAUCAAUCAAUUUAUGUAGAUAUGUAGGGUAAUAUAUGAGACAAUCCUUUCAGUCAUCAGCAGCUUGCAAUCACUUUUAUUUAGUAGUGUCACAGAUUUAUUGUAGUUAAUCUGUGGUAGAGUAAAUGGUGUUAUCCUUUUCGAUACUGUUAUUUCCUUUUUAAAAUUUUAAAACCAAUAAAAAGAGUUUAGUACGA